CAUACGAUCACAACAUAUAUCCAAAUACAACGCGGUGUGGUGUGCAACAAGCUUCACCAUGGCGAUGCGAAGGCUCGUGAAAACUACAGCUCUUCCGGCUGCGACAUUGAUCUUCGGGGCAACCGCAUUUCGGCCAAUGCAUACAGCAUUUCCUCGCUGUUCUGGGCUCGGUUCCAACACUACGCCGCUACCAACGGUAAAGAUGGCGAAGAUGGCGCAAAUGGCCGGGCGACCGGACGGUAUUGAUGAUGCCAUCUGCAACACGCCUGACCCUUCUACAAAGGACUUCAUCAUGCAACAAACAAUGUUGAGGAUCAAGAACCCCCAUUUGAGUCUCGACUUCUACACGAGGGUUCUAGGAAUGAGGCUGAUGCAAGAGUUGCAUUUCGCGGAAUGGGAGUUCAGCAUCUACUUCGUCGGGUACUGUGACCCAUCGGAGAUUCCCGCGGACCCUAAGGAGCGCACAAGGUGGUGCUUCCAACAGGCCGGUGCCGUGGAGCUCACACACAAUUGGGGGACGGAGAAUGACGCCGACCUGAAAUACCAUUCUGGCAACGAGGAUCCUCGAGGAUUCGGACACAUCGGUAUUACCGUGCCUGACGUGUACAAGGCGUGCGAAAGAUUCGAAAAGGAGGGAGUGAAGUUCCGCAAGACACCUGAUGGGGGCAACAUGAAGGGCCUGGCGUUCAUUUUCGGCGAAUCCCGACGGAUACUCCAUCGAAAUUCUUGGGGCGGAUCAAAUGAGUAAGGACUUCUCGAAGUACACGCCCGGGGGGGAAUCCACCAGCACGUAGUGCCGCAAGCAGCGUGGCAAAGCUGCAAGGUUAGGUUCUGUAGGGUACCCACAGAUCUAUACUGGGGGUAAUUACCCUCUGUUUUACCCUACAGAACAAUUCUGUGAGUUCUGUGCCCGUAGCGCCACAAUACCCUACACUUCUGUGAGUUCUGUGACGGUUGCACCACAGUACCCUACACUUCUGUGAGUUCUGUAGCACACACGGUACCCCACAGAGAUUACCCUCUUGUUCUGUAUACAAUACCCUAACACUUCUGUGGGUUCUGUGACGGUCAUGCCACAAUACCCUACACUUCUGUGAGUUCUGUAGCACAUCCCGUACCCCACAGAGAUUACCCUCCUGUUCUGUAUGCCGGCGGCACAAUUACCCGCGGUACGGGUAAACAUUUGUGGAACUACCCUCCACAUUUGUGAUUACCCCGGGAUGCUGACGUCAGUCCAACUUGAAGCGUACCCUCAAAAAACACCACACAACACACAGAGCAAGACCCUCCUUCAGCAGAGAAACAGAACACAUCUGGUACAUACAGCAGAACAAACACACCGUACGACACGCGGUAUCGGGUUCAGCGGGAGCAUGAGCGAUGCAGACCUCGGCAAAGUUCACCGCAAAGUUCACCGGCGCGAGGGACGCUGACCUGAAGGCCGCUGAGGCCGCCUUCGACGUGGUGAACAACACCGCGAACGACAUUGGCGUGUAGACUGACUGUCGGGGGGGGGGGUGUUCAGGAGAGACCCCUCUUUGCUUCUCGCUACUGCUGUUGUGUUGGGAAAAAGUCGGAUGGGAACGGAGUUUGCCCCUUGCCUGCUGGCGAGGAGUAGUCGUGGGGGCGCACCACGAAAUCCUUUGCACUCAGGUUUUCAGUCUUGAUCUUUUUUUCGUCGUGCAGGUUUUUCCCCCUCUGGGAAGUGGAGAGGGUAGAGGAAAACGUAACAUAGUCUAAACGUGAAAUGCUUUUUGUUUAUGUUUAUGUUUUUUUUUUAGCAGUAGUCCUCCGCUGUCACCUGGGAAGUUGAGGACUGGGAUAUAUAGGGGCCGUACGCAAGCACGCUUCAUGUUUUCAAGUCUUGGUUUAGUACCUUGAAACCGAGUCGAACGAAGGCAAACAGCAGUUUGCAAAUACAGAGACUCGCGCGGGUACCGAGGGUAAUGACCGUCUGUAGUUACCCUACAGAUACCCUACAGAGCCUACCCUGUGAGUUCUGUGACGGUUGCACCACAGUACCCUACACUUCUGUGAGUUCUGUAGCACACACGGUACCCCACAGAGAUUACCCUCUUGGUCUGUAUACAAUACCCUAACACUUCUGUGGGUUCUGUGACGGUCGUGCCGCAAUACCCUACACUUCUGUGAGUUCUGUGACGGUUGCACCACAAUACCCUACACUUCUGUGAGUUCUGUAGCACACCCGAUACCCCACAGAGAUUACCCUCUUGUUCUGUAUACAAUACCCCAACACUUCUGUGAGUUCUGUGACGGUCAUGCCACAAUACCCUACACUUCUGUGAGUUCUGUAGCGCACCCGAUACCCCACAGAGAUUACCCUCUUGUUCUGUAUACAAUACCCCAACACUUCUGUGAGUUCUGUGACGGUCAUGCCACAAUACCCUACACUUUUGUGAGUUCUGUAGCACAUCCCGUACCCUACAGAGAUUACCCUCCGGUUCUGUAACAGAUCCAAUACCCCACAGACAUUACCCGUACCCUACAGAACCUAAC